GCCGCUGGCUCGCGCCGCACCACACCGUCCCAGCCAUGGCCGUCGCACCUGUUCUGCUCGCCGUUGCCGUUGCGCUGCUCGCCGCUACCGACAGCGUUGCUGUGCCCCCACACAGGCCUCCAGUCAACGCCUACACAACCAGCCCUCUGUUCGACGACCUGAUGCAGCCGCUGUGUUCAGAAUCGUCAACCGACGAUGCGUGCUAUGGGUGCUUCGCGCGCUACUCCAGGAUGAAGCAGACACCAGACGCAUAUGAAGAACUCAAAAAAUGCACCACAAGGUACCUGAAUGGCACAGCUUACGCAGAAUGUCAGGCACUGGUCGGAGAUGCUAAAGUGCUUGAAGGUGGACUGUCGCCUGUAUACUGCGAUUUUGAAAAGUGCGUUAGGAAACGAGACAUGUUGCAGCUGGUCGAUGCAUGCGCCAAGCAGAACGACAAUUCCAAAACUGAAGCGGAGAAGUACAUACAAACAACAUCCUGCAUUGCUGAAGAACUGAAGCGACGUAAUUAUCUGUCCGGGCCUCGGUACCCAGGCGGCUACACAACCCCGAAGUCGUACGCGGUGUACGUGACGGAGGCUGGCGAGCUGCGUGUGAUGUCGACGUACUGGGGCAACGACCAAUACAGCUGCGAGCCAUGGCAUUCCCCAUUGGGGUCCCCUGGCGCCUCAGCUGGAGGGUCCUUCUGAUCGCAUUAACGAUAAAAGCUCACAACAAAUUUUCCUUAAUGUAAAAUUAAAUUUUUCUCCAACAAUUAAAACACCUAAUAAUA